CCCAACUGCCCCUUACACACAGAAACACACAGACAAGUACAAUUCCCAGCAGUGCAUUAGAUCUGACACUACAGGGAGCAGUUGAGGAGCUGGGGCUUUUUCGGAGGUGAAAUGAGGAGCGAGAGACACAGAGAGUGAGAGUGAGGAGGCGUGGUUUAAAAACACAUCAGGCUCUGUGAGAGACAGAGGCUCAGAAGUGCAAGGUAAAGCUGCCCGAUGCCACACAGCAGCUGAACAAAAAGCAGGUGUCCUCUGUGCUUGAAGGUUUAAGCUGACGAUUAGGAAAAAGGAGCUGGAUAGUGAUGAGGAUCUGCUCCCAUGCUCGUUCUCCUAACCUUGUGCUUCUGCCUAUCCAGCUGGGAUGAGCAGAUCCACCAUUUGAGGUAUGAUGUUUGGGAAGCAGGUGAAGCAGUGGAGGUCGGUGUGUAAAGGCCUGGUUCUGGGUACGCUCCUCACCAGCUGCAUGAUUCUGCUCUACUGCCUUUCAGCUCCUGAGGUGCAGUUCAGUUUUCCAGAAAUGCCUGUGCCUUAUUCAUGUGCCCACCAGCCAUCACUCGUCCACUCGUCCAGCGGCACUAAUCAAAGCCCGGGACAGAAGCCUGAUUGCAUCCCAAAGGUGGACAUCAUGUUCAUGAAAACGCACAAAACGGCAAGCAGCACAAUCCUGAACAUCCUGUUCCGCUUCGGCGAGAAGCACCGCUUGAAGUUCGCCUUCCCGAGCAGUCGCAAUGACUUCUUCUACCCUUCGCUCUUCCACCGCUCGCAGGUGAAAGACUACGGGCCUGGGAUGUGCUUCAACAUCAUGUGCAAUCACAUGCGCUUCAACGAAGCCGAAGUCACAGCGGUGCUUCCUGCAGACACCACCUACAUCACCAUCUUGAGGGAUCCGGCAGAGCUCUUCGAAUCCUCCUUCCAUUAUUUUGGCCGUUUAGUACCUUUUACCUGGAAGAUUUCCGGGGAUGAGAAGAUGAAAGAGUUCCUCAAUGACCCUGAACUUUAUUAUGACCCAAACGGGUUCAAUUCGUUCUACCUCAAAAACCUGCUUUUUUUCGACUUUGGGCAGGAUAACAAUUUACCCAUGGAUGACCCGAGAGUGGAGGAAGGCAUCCGUGCAAUUGCAAGACGCUUCGACUUGGUCAUGCUGGUGGAGCACUUUGAGGAAUCGCUCAUCCUCUUGAAGGACGCCCUCUGCUGGGACAUGGAUGACUUGCUGUUCUUUAAGCUUAACGUCCGCAAAGGGUCCACUGUCUCUAAGCUGAGCCCUGAACUCAGAGCCAAGGCCCUGCAGUGGAACGCUAUUGACUGGAAGCUCUAUCAGCACUUUAAUGCCACCUUCUGGAGGAAAGUCGAGGCAUACGGCCGAGAGCGCAUGGCAAAGGACAUUGCAGAGCUCCGGCGCAGGAACGCGGAAAUGGCUACCAUAUGCAUCGAAGGCGGCCAAGCGGUGGACGCCGGGAGCAUUCAUGAGACUUCCAUGCAGCCAUGGCAGCCUAUAGGGGAGAAAUCUAUUAUGGGAUACAACUUGAAGGCGAACAUCAAUAAAGCACAUCAGAAACUGUGUAGGAAGAUGUUGACACCAGAGCUGCAGUACCUGACAGACUUAGGAGUCAAUUUGUGGAUCACUAAACUGUGGGGUCAGGUGAGGGAAAUCCUUGACUGGUAGAAAUGAAGGAGAGCGGGCUGACCUUUGAUCUCUACGUAUAUGGAUGAACAUCAGAGAUGUUCACUUUUGACCUCUGUGAAACAAACCAAAACCUCAUUCUGCGUUUGAUCGGGACGGAGAGAAGAGGAGUACAAAUUUGACAGUCAUAUAAGUGGUAAAUCAAACAUGAUGUUCAUGGUCCUGCAGAUUUUCCUGUCAUUUUCAUUGGUCGCCAUCAUUUUCAUUGAAGUCACGUCACUGCAGAGUAUAGAAUUGUAACCGGUGCUUGCGUUGGUCAUAGAUAAACAAAUCAGUGACACCUUAUCUGCCUGUCUGGAGAGGCCUCUCUUUGCAUGCUGCCAAUGCCGUAUCAGUAAAGUGCUCUCGGUGAAGUAUGACUGAAUUUUGAGGAGGCAAAUGGAGACUUUGUGUUUCCUGUUUAACCCUGUAUUAUCAGCUAAUAUGACAAAUCCUCCUGACCAAAGAGCGAAGCUGCACUACGUGCGGUGUAUCUUUUGUUCCAGGGGAUUUAAGAAGCAGCUGUUAUAAAGAAGCACGUACCAAAUGUGAGGUUCAAAUGAUAUGAAGAAAAUAAAAACUAACAUGUGUUUAAACAUG